AUGUCAGUAGCUAAGGCUUUCCAUUGGGAGGAAGAGGUUUGGAACUGGAAUUGGGAUUGCUGGUUGCAAGAAACAGAAGCAGAAUAUGUGGAAUUGUUGAGCUCGAUGCAUCAACAAUUGCCACUGGUCAGCAGCCAGAAUUCCGGCAGAGAUGAGGUCGUUUGGAUGGCGGACGAGCAAAAAGGAUUCUCUGCUAAAGGUUGUGCCAAGGAAAUCAGUAGUCACGAUCAUGGUCCAGGGCUGCAAUCUAUUCAAUUAAGGAGAAUCAGAUUUGUGUGGAAGAUUAAAGUUCCUUUUAAGGUGGGUAUAUUCGGUUGGAGGUUCGUUUUGGGUAGACUACCGACGAGAGAACAAUUGAAAAUUAGAGGGAUUAUAGUUGAUGAUAUAGAUUGUUGUUGUGUUUUCUGUUUUCAAGAAAUGGAAACCUCUUCUCAUCUUUUUGACAGUUGCCCAUUUACUAGAAGAAUUUGGAAUAAAGUGGGACAAUGGAUAGGGGAUAACGUGAAUUUGCAGAAUGAGGAUCUGAGGAAUUUCUUGGAUCAUUUUGAUAAGAUUAAGGCGGUAGAAGAACGAUUAACUGUGGGAGUAAUUUGGAUAGCGUUCAUGUGGAAUCUGUGGAUGAUAAGAAAUGCUAUUCUCUUCAAAGGUAGCAUUUUUAAUUUCGACGAGUGUUUCUCCGCUAUCGUCCUUAGUUCCUGA